AUGCCACCGUCUCCCUCGACAGCAAAGAAGCGUCUCACUCUCGCCCGAGACACAGUGAUUAAAGGUUCCGACGAAGAGAAUGAUGACGACUCGUUCUCUGAUGAUUCAUUCCCCGACCUCGACAUGCUGGGCCCGUCCAAGCCGAGGCCAGAUGGGACACCAAAAGCCAAGAGACGGGCCAAGAUGGUACACAAAUCACCCCUCACCAUCCAGCCGAAGCACAAAUUCGAUUUCAAGACGUUGGACGCGCAUUCGAGAAGACACGACGUGCUGUUCGACAGUCCCAAGCGGCAAGGUGCGCCCGAGGUCAAGGACGAAGUGAUGGAGGACCUGGGGGUGAGCCCUAGUAAGGCCCGCCAGAAGUUGAUUGAGAUUGCUGGUGUCAAGACCGAGGAGGAUGCGGACAAGGCGAUGAAGGCGAUGGAUCGGACAGAUGCGGGUGCGUCCAGAACCAAGUGGUAUUUCUUUAAGAAGGAUGGCGGUCUGGGCGAGCCCGCCCCUUUUCCGAAAAAGUGUGCAAAAGGGCCCUGGUCGUUCCUUGGAAAGGCGGGAUCGCGAGAUCGACACCUCAUGUCCGGGAUGCCCGCCAGUCUGGCAAUCACUGUUGGACUUCCAGACGACCUGUACCUCUGGAUCUUGGACAUGGUCAGUGUCGAACAGGUCAAUGUCCUCCGGGAGGAAUACCGCAGGAUCGCCGCGGCCAACAGAAAACAGGUCAAGCGGCUCAUCACACCCCAGCGGCUUGAAGAAACCUUACGCAGGCUGGGCGCCGCGGACUAUGUUGGUGACGAGGUGCUCAAGCCAGUGCGAGAAGUUCGAGAUAUCUAUGCCGAUUAUGACUGGCAGCCUUUCCAGUCGUUCCUUGAAUGGCUGUACUGGGUAGCAGCUCAGCUUAGCCACGACUCUGUGGUUUUCGCCGUGAAGAUGCUCUUACGCAUGGCGGCUGAUAGGGUGAUUCUUGAGAACGCGGAUAUCCUGACGCAUCAUCAACAUACCCUGGAGGGUUUGGUGAAUACGGUUGAGGACGCUGUCUGGGGCGACUUUUGCUUCGAGAUCUGCUCGUCUCUUUAUCAUGGAUUCGACAAGACAUCACUCCGGAUACUGCCGCUUCUAUGUAUGCCAGUCACCUCGCCCAAACUUCAUGAGCUACGAAGACGUCUGGCGGUCGCGUUCUUCCUCCGGGACGCAGCACUAGCCAGCGAGCACCCUGACGAUGCCAUUUCUCUACGUCUCGUCAUUGCCAGGGUCAAGGACAGCGACUUCCAUAUCAGCCACAGGACUGACUACACCGACCUGAAGGCCCUGGUGCAGCUUCUCGAUAUGGCCGUGGAUGACGGCUCCUUUGUGCGUGACGAAAACAACCGAGAGCAUGAAAGAGAGUUCAAUGCGGAGAUUGACGACCUUGCGAGGCGUCUCAAGGCCAUCUGGCGCGGUAUCAACGAUACCGGAGCCGCAAACCUGGCGCGUACAGAGACCAAGAGCGUCCUCGAGUGGGUUGGAGAGCGCCUGAACUACUCAGUCCGGACCAAACGCCCGCCUACGCAAAGCAUCUUUGGCGACCAAGGACCGUCGUCAGCGAAAAAGAGGCGGCAACAAGACUUUAUGCAAAAGUUUGUCCACUCGAGGAGGAACAAGCCGGCCGAGACAACGGACAUCAAGGCCGAAUCACCGUCAAGCGAGGACGACACGUUCGUCACGGCACUCGGCGAAUGA